AUGCUUUCUGAGGCCCUGCCCUGCUUCCAGUUACUCCGUAUGGGCCCAGCUUCCCCUGUGGAUUCACCCAACCGGGAUCUCUACACCUUCCGACCUGCCAGGCCCAGCUGCACCUAUCGGUUGGGCCGCCGAGCCGAGGUCUGUGAUGUCAUUCUGGUGUCAGAGCAGAACCCGGCCUUGAUCUCACGAAUCCAUGCAGAGAUCCAGGCAGAGAGGGAUGCGGACAGCACAGCCGGGGAAUGGCGCGUGGGCCUGGUGGACUGCAGCACUCACGGUACCUAUGUCAAUGCCAUCCGUGUGCCCCAUGGCCGGCGGGUGGACCUGAAUGAUGGCGAUCUUCUGACCUUUGGCCACCCCAACCCAGUGCCCGAGGGUGGUGCCCUGCCACCUCCGCACGGCAGCUCUGAGUUCUACUUCCUCUUCCAGAAGGUCCACGUUCGUCCUCAGGACUUUGCUGCUAUCACAGAGCCAAAAGCCCCCUGGGCUUCCUCCUGCGGCUUUCGGCCGGUGCUGCCGUCUGGCAACCACCGCAUCCGCCCGCUGUCUCGUCACUUGUCCACCUCCCUCUCCUGCCGCUCCAAAGCCACCCUCAUCCUCAGCUCCAUUGGCAGCCUCAGCAAACUCAAGCCGCAGCCCUUCACCUUCUCCCUGGGCCGGACGCGGUGCGUGGAGCCCCCUGCCCAGCCGCGGGCAUCUCGGAACCGCCGCAAGUCAGCUCACACGCUGCUGCCUGAACUGGAGGACGAGAUCACCCGUCUCGAAGAGGAGCAGCCGGCGGCGGCGGGCAAGGAGCAGCGACUGAGUAGUUUCAUGCAUUGCCACAGCAACAGCAACCACCCCUUGCGAAUCCAGCAGAGAGUGCCAGAGGGGAGCAAGAACCUGCAGGAAGAUGUGGGACCAAAGCUUCACAUCACGCCCACGGGGAAACGGCGGGGUCGGCCCCGGAAGAACCCUCUCGGGGGCACCUGCCAGGUGUUCUCGCAGACUCUGUCUGCCUCUGAGCCAUGUGCGGCGCCCCGGUGCCACCUCCCCGAGGACGAGAUGGUGGAGUGGGUCCAGUGUGACGGCUGCGACGCCUGGUUCCACGUUGCCUGCGUGGGCUGCAGCUACAGUGCCGUAAAAGAGGCAGACUUCCGCUGUGCUGCCUGCCGCUCGUAACAGAGGCAGGCAUGGCGAAGGAGCAGCCCCCAAAUAAUAGCAGU